AUGAUGCGCCGCGGCAUUCGUAGCAGCCUGCGUGCCCUGCCUCGUCGUGACCGAUGGCACAUGUUGCAGGAGUACGCCGUCGGAGAGAGCAACCAGGAGGAGUUUCGCAAGCUGCGAGUGCGCGACGGCCAGGUCACGACCUUGGUGGAUUCCACUUCAAGCGCUGCUGCAAAGACCAUCGACUGGGCUGCCUGGGAUUCCCGCAUCAGCAACAAAGAGGUCCUCGGCUGCCUCAAGAGCUUCCACGAGCAGCAGUCUGUUCUGCUGGAGACGGUCCUCAAAGAGGAUCACUCCGCAUCGAUUAAGAAGCAGACGGAAGGCUGGGAGCUUUUCGAUGCCGCCGUGACGAGCUGUCAGAAGUCCGUGGAGAAGUCUGAGCAGAUCUUGCAGAACGGAGCCCGUGCGCUUUGGAUUUCCUUCCAGAAUCCUCCAAUUUCGAUGCUUUCCCAGUCUGAGUGGCUGGAUGCUGACCAGUACUGGCAGGCCUUCGUCGAGAAGCACCAUUUCUACCACAACCACCUGCUAAGUGCCGUCGAAGAUCCCGAGAGCAAGGACUACGAUGCCAAGACGAAGGCUGACCUCAAGAAGCGAUGGGAGACCUUCGACGGCCGUGGAACGACGCGCCAGAACAACAAGCUGCUGUACCAGCGGCCAUCUUUCGAGUACUACGACGUCUUCCGGGGUCCCCUCAUCGAGCACAUGAUUUUCUACCUCACAAAGACCGGGGGCGAUGCCAGGACUUUCCCGGAGAUGAUGCCUACCAAGUGGUAUGCGGAGAUCUACGACAUCCGCUUCAAACUCUACAAUGUCCUGCAACGCCGGAAGCGGCAGGUCCACGAGGCGAGCUGGUCUCGUGAAGCCUUCCAUGAUUUCCAUCCCCACGACCUGGAGCAUGAUGGCGAGGCCUACUACUCCAAGCUCAUUGCCAAGGAGGCUGCAGUCUGA